AAACACAACACAGUUACGGUUCAACCUAAAACACUAAAAUGGCCCAUUCCACAAACAAUGAGCUCUCAAUGUCUCCCGCAGCCGUAGUUAUGGUCCCCCUACCAUUACAAGGUCACCUCAACCAGCUCCUACACCUCUCUCGCCUCAUCUCCGACCGCAACAUCCCCGUCCACUUCGUCAGCACCACCACCCACUGCCGCCAAGCUAAACUCCGGGUACAAGGGUGGAACCCACUCGCCGUUGCCACCAUCCAUUUCCAUGAACUCCAUACACCUAAUUAUGUGUCUCCAACACCAAACCCUAAUUCCAAAACCAGAUUCCCUUCUCACCUACAACCUUUAUGUGAAGCCACUACCCAACUCCGCCACCCCGUGGCCUCGCUCCUCCGUAAACUCUCCACCACCACCCAUCGCCUUGUUAUCAUCCAUGAUUCACUCAUGGGCUCCGUCAUCCAAGACUUUGUGUCCCUUCCCAACGCGGAGUCAUACACUUUUCAUAGUGUGUCCGCUUUUACCAUUUUCUUGUACACUUUAAGAACCAUUAGUAAGGAGUUUCAAAACAUAACUGAUCCAGAAGUAUUAACUAACGACCACUUGUCGUUUGAGGAUUGUUUCACCGCGGAGUUCAAGAAGUUCACUAGUAUGCAACAUGAUUUUGCAAAACUGAACUCCGGUCGAAUCUACAACUCGUGUAGGAUAAUUGAGAAGCCGAUGUUAGACCUACUAGAAAAUGAAGAGAGAAAUCGAAACAAAAAGUUGUGGGCUCUUGGUCCUUUUAAUCCCAUAGACAUAAAAAGGACCACAAAAAGAGAGAAAGGGUACAGGUGUCUUCAAUGGCUUGAUAAGCAAGAACCAAAUACGGUUAUAUUCGUUUCUUUCGGGACAACUACCUCACUCACCAAAGAACAGAUAAUAGAGAUUGCAAUCGGGUUGGAAAAGAGCGAGCAAAAGUUUAUAUGGGUGUUAAGGGAGGCCGAUAAAGGUGAUGCUUCUAACGAUUAUGUUACACUCGAAUUGCCAAAAGGAUAUGAAGAUCGACUUAAAGGGAGAGGGUUGGUGGUUCGAGAAUGGGCACCCCAGCUAGAAAUCUUGGCGCACCAGGCUACAGGCGGGUUCAUGAGUCACUGUGGGUGGAACUCAUGUAUGGAGAGCAUAUCAAUGGGUGUGCCGAUUGUGGCUUGGCCAAUGCAUUCUGAUCAGCCCACUAACUCGGUACUUAUUACCAAUAUUUUGAAAGUUGGAGUGACGGUUAAAGAUUGGAAGUGGAGAGAUCAGAUUGUGGUGGCUGAAGAUGUGGAGAAUGCGGUGAGGGCAGUGAUGACUACGAAGGAAGGGGCAGAGAUGCGAAUGAGGGCUGUGGAGAUGGGCGGCGGUGUAAGAGAAUCAGUGAAAGAAGAUGGAGUUUCUUGGUUGCAACUACAGUCGUUUAUUGCUCACAUCACAAGAUAAAAAUGGCAAACCUCAUGCACGAGGCUCGCGUGUAUACACAUCGUUACACUGCAUUUCUACAAUAGACUGUUUCCACGACUCAAACCCUUAACCUCGUAAGGUCCCAUCAUUAUAUAUGAUCAAUGUAUUAAAAACACAAAUAUAUUCUUUUUUCUGUAUUCCUGUCGGCUUAAACAUAUAUUGUUCGUUUUCUCUACUA